AUGUUUGCUGGAAUCUACGCAACUUCUUUAUACUACGGUGUUCGAACUGUAAAGAUAUUUGCCGAAAACGUUACAAACCAAACACCAUCGGCCAUUACAAUGCAAAAACAACUCACUACAGUUUUAACUAUCCAGGUAAGGGAGUGUAGGGUAAAAUAGAAGGGGGUAAAACAUAGUAGCAGUAUUACUAUGUUCGGUUUAAAGUAAAAUUAGUUAUAGCGUAGAAUGGGAUACUGUAGGGUAGUGCAAAGGUAGAGCUAGGGCUAGGACUAAGGCUAGAACUCGGAACUAAAUUUCUAGGCUAGAGCUCUGGGCUAGGGCUUUGGGCUAGGGCUCUGGGCUAGGGCUCUGGGCUAGGGCUCAGGGCUAGGGCUCUGGGUUAGGGCUCUGGGCUAGGACUCUGGGCUAGGCUCUGGGCUAGGACUCUGAGCUAGGUUUAUGGGCUAAGGUUGUGGGCCGAGCUAUGUCUUUGGCUAGCGCAAAAAAAUUCAAAAAAUGUUUUCAGAGUAUAAUCCCGAUAGUAACAUCGAUUGGUCCAAUCUUGGUCAGUAUAACAUGUAUAUUGUUUAAAAUCGAGCUGCGUGGCUUUGAAGUGACAUUAUAUGGUUGUAUGGCUUGGAUUCCAGUUUUAAAUGCUUUGACAUCGAUCAUCUUUAUAAAACAGUACAGACAGUUUAUAGUUCAAAUGUGGAAGACCAAGAGUGUCAAAAUUAGCGGCAUGAGUUGGAUCAGUAAUAGUCGACCAACCCGGACCAAUUCACAAAUUCCUUAA